AAAAACUGCCAUUCUUAACUCUGUAUAAAUGUGUGUGUAAAGAAAAAAAAAUCAGUCAUUUUCUACUGUUUUCUGGUAAUUCGAAAGCUCCGGUCAUUGAGAUCAAUCGUCAUGGCCAUCGAUAUCUCAGCUUUGGAAGAAAGGUACAUUGAUUCUUGCAAGAAGCAUGGUGUCAUACCUAAUACUGCAAUUUUGUCUGGUCUAUUCAAGGCUGUGGUGAAGAAAUCCCGCCAUGAGCCGUGUAGCCUGGAAAUUUUCUUGGACCAUCUCAAGGAUACCGAUUUUCAUCCACUUCUUGACAUAUUUAUGGAACUUGAUGCUUCAGAGAUUGAAGCAAUUGACGUACGUAAUGAAUCAUCAUGUAUGUUUGAUGGAGAAUAUGCUUUGUCAUUGAUGCGUGCUGUCAAUCAAAAGCUUCGACGAGUUGAUCUCCAAGAUUUUUCAUUUGGAAAGAAUUUCUUACGGGAUCUCUCUAAGAGAGGUUUGCCAUGCCAAGUCUUAGCCUUGAGGUCUUCACACUUCCGGAAGCUCAACAUAAUGGGGGAGUUCAAGCGGAUACACACCCUUAACCUUGACUUCAGUACUUCACUCACUAGUUUCAAGGAAGAUUGUUUUACUUGCAUGCCCAAUUUGAUGUGCCUCUCCAUGUGUGAAACGAGAAUUAUAAAUCUUUGGACAACCAUUGCCGCACUUUCUAAACUCCCUUCUUUGGUUGAACUUCGGUUUCAGAAUUGGCUGUGUUGCAAUGAUGCUGGGCCUUCUGCCACAUCAUCUGAAGGGAGAUUGGAUAGCAGAACUGAUUUUUGUCAGUCAAAGAGUGCUCCUUACAUUGGAGCAUCAUCCGUUGAUAUCGGUGUAAUCACAGAUUAUAACUCAACCACGGAAGAGGCACUCGGGAAUUUGUUUUCACUUAAUGAUGUGGUAACAAAUCACGAAGCUCAAUGCAUGAUUGAGGAUUCAUCAGAUGAUAGUGAUGUCGAUUUUUCCUUUCGCCAACAAGAACAUGGUUAUAGGGAGCUAUCAUCCACUUUUUUUCCUAGGUUGAAUGAACAGUUUGAUCAGCUGAAUGAGGUUUCUUUUGACCCAUUACACAGUCAAAGUGGAGAAGAGUCUUUGGCAGCUGCCUUUACAAGGCAAAUUUCAGACGUCACUUUGAAGUUUGUUUCUUGUCAUGCCUCACCGAUAUGCUUUGAAAAGCACUAUAGAGACUACAUGAUAGCUUCAUUGCCCCGUUUGAAAGUUUUAGAUAACUUGCCUAUCAGAAUGAUUGACAGGGAAAAUGCUACAGUUACCUUUUCAAAAUACUUUGAGUAUCUACCGUACAAAAGGAAGCAUAAAGAGAGCGUCGUUAGUAUCUUACAGAGGCGUGAACUAAGAGCAAGUCACAGUCAUAUGCAGAAUCCAAUGCAAAAGUCAUCAUAUACUCCUGGAAAGUCAAAAUAUUUUUAUACCAGGUCUCUUUGUGCUGCUAAAGUUGGGUCUUCUGCCUGGCCUUUAUUGCAUCCACUUUCAAUUAGAAGCAAUGGUUUGGGAAAUGAAGGUAUGGGCUUUCGUCCAAGGCAGUUUGAGUAUCAUCCAUCUGAUUCUAGCCUAAUGGUCUUUGGAACUUUGGAUGGUGAAGUUGUUGUAGUCAACCAUGAGAAAGAACAAAUUGUUAGUUAUAUCCCAUCACUUGGUGCAAUGAACAGUGUGCUGGGACUCUGUUGGCUCAAGAAGUAUCCCUCCAAGCUCAUAGCUGGUUCGGAUAAUGGUUCAUUGAAAUUAUAUGAUAUCCAACAUAUGCCAGCAACUACUGUGAGCAUAUAUGAUAAUAGUGCUGGCUCUGUCUCCUUUGAUGAGUUCGACCAACUGACGUCUGUUCAUGUUAACUCUACGGAUGAACUCUUUCUUGCAAGUGGAUACUCAAGAAAUGUUGCAUUGUAUGACUUAAGCAGCAGAAGACGCUUACAGGUUUUCACUGAUAUGCAUCGAGAGCAUAUUAAUGUAGUGAAGUUCGCUAACCAUUCUCCCUCCAUUUUUGCUACUUCUUCCUUUGAUCACGAUGUCAAGUUGUGGGACUUACGGCAGAAACCACUACACCCGUGUUAUACUGCUUCAAGCUCUAGGGGAAAUGUGAUGGCUUGCUUCUCUCCAGAUGAUCAGUUCCUUCUUGUUUCAGCUGUUGACAAUGAGGUUAGACAACUUCUGGCUGUUGAUGGGAGGCUCCACUUGAAUCUUGAGAUAGCUUCUACGGGAACCUCUCAGAACUACACUCGUUCCUAUUACAUGAAUGGAAGGGAUUAUAUUAUCAGUGGGAGUUGUGACGAGCAUGUAGUCCGCAUUUGCUGUGCCCAAACUGGAAGGCGUCUAAGGGAUAUCUCUUUGGAGGGAAGUGGCUCAGGAUCUAUGUUUGUGCAAUCUUUGAGGGGUGAUCCUUUCAGAGAUUUCAACUUGAGUAUUUUAGCAGCCUAUACACGUCCAAGCUCAAAGUCCGAGAUUGUCAAGGUCAAUCUGCUGGAAUCAAGUGACUCUGCCAAGGAAAAUUCUUUCAGCCGGAAUUCCUGCCCAUUCAAUAGUAUGGGAGGUUGAUGUAUAUUCUUUGUUUUGUAUGUAUCUUUUCCUUGUACAUAUAGUAAUACUGCUUCUCUUAUCAGUUUCUGUUUAUUCGUUAACGAAAAGGCUGUUAUUAACUUAUUAUAGUAGUAUCGUGGGACAUGUAACUAUUUAUUUUCCGAGUCCUAGUAAAUUGCCCAACGCCAAUGAUGGGCUGCUAACUUA